UCUCCCUCUCUGUGGGUGUGACUUUGACUCCCUCCCAGUUAUGACACAACUCCUUUGAAUCAGAAGAAUAACUCCUACAAAGUUACAAGUCUCUUUUAAUUGCACGGUGGCUGCUUUUUGUGCCUCUUGUGGGAGCCCCAAAAUUUCCGAGCUACAAAAUGUCUAAGCUGCUGUGGAUGGUCUGUUUUGGAUUAUGCUGCUGGAUCAGCGCUGCCCAGGCACAUUAUGUUAUCAGCUGUCGGUUCUGGGGUGUUUUCCAUGUGGAGAAAGGAAUCAGAUAUAAUCAGACCGCGGAGGAAGCCAGGAAGACUUGUGGCGAGUUGGAUGCGGAAAUCGCUACCAAGGAACAGGUGGAGGAGGCUCGGGAAUUUGGAUUUGAGAUCUGCAGGUACGGUUGGAUAGACAAUAACACAGUCGUCAUCCCUCGGAUAACGGCCAAUCCAAUCUGCGCUGGUAACUACGUGGGGCUCUAUACACUCCACCCCAAUCUUACUGCUCUAUACGAUGUCUUCUGCUACAAUGUCUCAGACCAAACUGAAAAGAACUGUGAACAGUAUGACUACAGGAACAAAAGUAUCCCAUCACAUGAUCCCACCGAGGAAGGAGUCUACGGUGAUUCCGAGUCCACUAAAGUGAGUCCAACUCACCCUGGACUUGACGUAGGUUCCACCCACAAUGGUCAAAUGACUGCGGUAGAGAGCGUUACAUCUGAACCUGAAAUGUCUACUGAGCAGUCCGAACACUCAGGAGAUCACAAUGUACCAACAGAGGAUUGGGACAAUACAAGUCUCUAUAAUAAUGAAAAUGGGGAACAUGGUGGCGCUACCGAUGGAGAUGAACUCAUCCCAUUUGACCCAGCUGGUGAAAAACACGUGAAUCGAGAAGAUGGCAGCGCCCCAGCAACAGACCCAUCUAGUCACUGGAACACAGGAUCACAUAAUGAGUUUCCAAACACAUCAGAUGACCCUCAUACAAAUGGUGAUGAUGAGAUUGUGGAUAGUUCCUCUGAAGAUUAUUCUGUCAGGGACAGAUCAGGAUACCCUCAUAGCAAACAGAACAGAAGAGCUGCUGUUCCAGAUUGGCUGAUCGUGUGUGUAUCCCUGGUGUGUUUGGGUUUGAUCUUCUCGGUCUGCAUCGCACUCAAUGCCCGCAGAAUAUGUGGGCAGAAAAAGAAAUUGGUGAUUAAUGGCAACAAGGGAUGUCCGGAAGAUGGAGUUGUCAUGGAGCAGAAUGGAGACACAAUUAAAUCUCAGGAGAUGGUGCAGCUAGUAUCUAAAGAGCAGACCGGUGAAUUAGGAGACCAAGACGAGCCUCUGACCCAAGAUAACAUGCGUAAUACAAAGGACGUGGACAUGAAAAUCGGAGUCUAGAAACUUAUAUUACCUUUGGGAUAAACCGCAAGGGGAUCUCUGUUGGGAAUCAAUGAACUGGGACUAAAGUUUAAAAGUAUCAAGAGCCACUGACUCUAUAAUAGGAUCCUGUGUUGCUUAUUUUUCUAGUCUGCCAAUCAAGCCAAAAAAAUUGUUGGCUCCUCAUUGUUUGUGUGCAGAUCGACGCCUCUUGACACACGCAUAAAGAGAGAUUCAAGGUGGUGUGGUGAAAGUAGAGGGCAGGUGAAUAGAGCAAAGCCAGAGAUGUGCAAACUAAUUUUAAAGUACUUAUCAAAAAAAAAUGCAAGAUCAUC